CGAAGCUUUUGGUCUAUUCGGGCUUUUCACCUACGUCUAGCAAAAAUUCGAACUCGACGAAACAUCCUUCGUUCUCCACUUUCGAAGGUGACCGAGAGGAACUUUGCCCCAAGCAACUGAGAAGCAUCGACGCAGAGGCUAAUUACCAGCUGUUCUUCACCGUGUUCAGGCAAGAAGUCAAAUGGUCCGGUCGUCCAAUCUGAAACAUUUCAGGAAAGGGUCCAGUAGGUCAAUAUAGUCUGCAACAGGCAUUACAAGCCAACAACGAACACUGAAAGAACCAGGGAUUGAAAGUUGAAAACAAAACGAAGCAACAAUGAAGAAGAAGGGAAGAAGCGGAGGAAGCUCAAAGCUGAACAUCGCCAUCAUUCAUCCUGAUCUUGGAAUAGGUGGAGCUGAAAGGUUGAUCGUUGAUGCAGCUGUUGAACUUGCAUCUCAUGGACACAAUGUUCAUAUUUUUACUGCACACCAUGACAGAAGUCGAUGUUUUGAGGAGACUCUUUCUGGAACUUUUCCAGUUACAGUAUAUGGUGCUUUUCUGCCCCGGCACAUCUUCUAUCGGUUCCAUGCCAUAUGUGCAUACUUGCGGUGUAUUUUUGUUGCCUUGUGUGUUCUAUUCUUGUGGCCCUCAUUCAACAUUGUACUGGCAGACCAGGUUUCAGUUGUCAUUCCUUUGAUGAAAUUAAAGAGGUCAACAAAGGUUGUUUUCUAUUGUCAUUUCCCAGACUUGCUUCUGGCGCAGCACUCAUCUUUUCUUAGAAUGAUCUAUAGGAAACCAAUUGACAUGGUUGAAGAAACAACUACAGGGAUGGCAGAUUUGAUUCUUGUCAACAGCAGAUUUACUGCAUCCACUUUUGCCAAUACAUUUAAGAGUCUUAAUGCUCGAGGAAUUCAACCAUCUGUUCUUUAUCCAGCAGUCAACGUGGAGCAGUUUGAUAAACCCUCUGCUUUUAAGUUAAACUUUCUCUCAAUCAAUCGUUUUGAAAGGAAAAAGAAUGUUGGUUUGGCAAUUUCAGCAUUUGCUAUGCUUCAUACCCUUAAAGGAGAUGUUCUCCAUGGUCAUAAUUUGGCUGAUGCUACGUUGACUAUAGCAGGUGGCUUUGAUAAACGUCUCAGGGAAAAUGUGGAAUACUUGGAGGAGCUUAAAAGAUUAGCAGAAAGUGAAGGGGUGUCUAACAGGGUUAACUUCAUAACAUCCUGCUCAACUGCAGAAAGGAAUAUGCUCCUCUCCCAAUGCCUAUGUGUGCUUUAUACUCCAAAGGAUGAACAUUUUGGCAUUGUUCCUUUGGAAGCAAUGGCAGCACAGAAGCCUGUUAUAGCAUGCAACAGUGGGGGCCCAGUGGAGACAAUUAAGGAUGGGAUCACAGGCUUUCUCUGUGACCCAACUCCACGGGAAUUCUCACUGGCGAUGUUCAAGCUCAUAAAUGAUCUCCAGAUGACAGAGAGUAUGGGUAGAGAAGCACGAAAACAUGUCAGUGAAGUAUUCUCUACCGAGGUUUUUGGCAAACAUUUAAAUCAAUUUCUUGUUGAUGUAGCUUGGGGAAAGAGUGAAUAAGAAGACCAUGGAUGGAUGGCUGUAUGGCCUCCGCAAGAUUUUCUAUAAAAAACAAUGUAUUUAAAGAAUCCUGGGUAUGAGCUUUUUUCUUUACGAAGGAUCAUCUACCAGAGUCUGUUUUAUGAUGUUUUAAGAAUGAAAUUAAGAAAUUCAAAUGGUUGACAAGAAGUCUGUGUGUCAGAAUACAUUGGGUGGGGAGAUUAGCAAAUGCUACGGCUGACACCUGACAGUUUGGACAAGCAAGGAUCAAACAGGGAUUGGGAAUAUUUAUAAUCUGUUUUUGGUUUUGAAUGUUUGGAGAGAUCGCAGCUCAUUACCUCUCCACGAAACACUUGUACCUGAUUUUAUCCAUAUUCUAAUAAAAUUAUCUCAAUUUAUCAAAAAAA